AUGCUUGUCAACACUCUUCUUGCCACUGUCGCCGCCUUUGGCUCCUCUGCCUACGCAGCUCAAGCAGCAUAUGCGCAAUGUGGAGGUCAAGGCUUCACAGGCGGCACGACCUGUGUCUCUGGCUACACCUGCGUAGUCAGCAACGCCUACUACUCUCAAUGCCUACCAGCCUCCAACUCGGCCGCUCCGGUUGCAUCUUCCAAGACUUCCGUCGCCCCUGUCUCGACUUCUAAAGCUGCUGGCAGCGGUAGCGGAGGUAGCAGUGGCACAACCUACAAGGCUUCUUUCACCCAGUACGGCAGUGGCGAUAGCUUUGGCAGUGGAAACUGUAACACCGAUACCACUGCAUGUGGUUUCUACACCAGCCCAGGCUACUCCGCCGCUCUCUCGCAAAACGCCUUUGGAGUCGGUCCUGGCGCCGGUGCCGGUCCCGCCUGCGGCACCUGCUGGAAGCUGACCGCACAAACCGACAGCAGCGGCAACAAGCUCUCGAACGCCGGAAACAGCAUCGUCGUGCAAAUCACAAACCUGUGUCCUGCAUCAGGAAACCCUCUGUGCAGCCAGAACGGUCUCACAGGCACCAACCAGUACGGCGCCAACCUCAACUUUGACUUGUGCCUCAACAGCGGUGCCAACACUGCUUUGUUUGGAAACUCUGGCGUUGGGUUGGCUGUGGGUACUGCUGUGCAGGUUUCUUGCAGCCAGUGGAGCGGUACCGUUGUUCACUGA